AUGGAUACUGAACGAGCUCUGGUACUUGCAGCAACAAACAGGCCAUUCGACCUUGACGAGGCUGUUAUAAUGCGACUGCCACGCAGGUUGAUGGUCAAUUUACCAGAUGCUCUAAACAGAACAAAAUUUCUAAAAGAGAUACUCGCAAAAGAAAACUUGGCUCCAGAUGUUGAUCUGGAUUUAGUUGCAAGUAUGACAGAUGGAUAUUUCAGAAGUGACCUUAAGAAUCUCUGUGUGGCAGCUGCAUACGGGCCCGUUAGAGAGAUCCUAGAAAGGGAAAAAAGGAACAUGUUGCCCUUCACAUUUAUGGUUAUAGGGACAAAAUGCAAAUGA